AUGGAACAACAGAUUUGGAAACAUUAUAAGGGUGAGGUUAUGCUUGAUAACCUUGAGCUUUCAAAGGCGGGUUUGAUCUUUGGUCCUGAGAUAAAGGUGGAUGGCCCGAACGCCAAUGUAUCUCGCCCUACGGUGAAGUAUUGGCGGCAUCCUGAAGAACCAUCAUCCUAUCUCUUUAGGCAUGGAGUAUCCACAAAAUUAUUCCCAAAAGUGCAUUGGUGUUUUAUUGGAGCUUUGGACUCAUGGAACUGUAUGGAGAAUUGUACAUUUAAUUCUUGGGAAACUGAUUGGGGAAAUGGGGGAAUUGGUUAUCUCCAUUUCUCUUCUUGUUUAAUCAAGUCUUCAUUAGUGAUUCCUGGAAUCAAAGAAGAUUUUUAUCCCUUCGUGGGGAAAGUGGAAAGCACUAAUGCAAAAUUUAUAGUUUCAAAGCAAAAAUCUACCCCUAAAAAGGCUGGUUGCAGUCGGAACUCUAUUCAAUCUCGGAAGUUCUCUUGUGGAUGUUUGGAUGCUCGUGAUAUGGAUAAGGUCAAUCAUCAGCUAGGCAUGAGGAAUAGUAGUUCUCAAGUUAUGAAGCAUGGGGUUAUCUCGAGUGAUUAUCUACCGAAGAGGCAAGUAGGACUUUAUGCAAAUCUUGCACAAGAAUUACGGAUGUAUUCUAGGGAGCCUAAAGUUUCACCUUUGCCAGCAAUGCUUGUAGAUGGGGAGCGCCAGAUUAGCUAUCAGGCCCCUGACGAAGCUCAAGAAGAAUCUAAGAAAAGACUACAAGCACUAGAAGGCCAUGAAUCGGAGGAAGGAUUAAGUUCAGAGGGCUCAGAAAGCCAAUGA